AUGUCUUCUGCUAUUCCGUACAAUCCAGACGACUUUGAAGACAAUAAUCCGUUUGCAGAGCCCGAGCAAAACAUUUUCUCCCAAAGUGCACAGUCUGGCCAUGCAGAAGACGAGAAUGACGACAAUGGUGAAGAGGUCGACACCAUUAAUGACACCACCACCAAUGACAAAAAUGACAAGAGUGAGGCGGAUCAGGCCAAGUUGGUCAAACAGGAAUUGAUGAAACUUCUUCCUGAACGAUUCACUGAUAGAUAUUCCAUGAAGAUUAUACUUCGUGCUGUCGAAAAGAACAAACCUUCAAAUCCAAUUUUACGGUUUGAAGCGACCGUUACAGGGUUGACCAAAUACAGACAGAAAGUGUACAAGGAUAUCCGCAGAACAUACAAUGAGGUGGUCAAGUUCAACAAUUACUUGAUUGUGUCCAACUUGGAGGUUUUUGUGCCGGUGAUCCUGCUGCCUACGACGCUGUACCCCACAGGUGGGGAAGAUGAAAACAAGCAGCUUAUGUAUGUUUGGCAGGAGUGGUUUGAUCGGGUGACCAAAAACCCGAUAUUGGUGCGUGAUGAUGAGUUUGUGUUUUUCAUUGAGAGUGACUUUGGCUACUCAGUGAUCAAUUCUGCUAAGAAAACCCUGGUCGCCAGUGGGUUGGUAAGAAAGACUUUGAAGCAGCUUGCGGUGCCUUACGAUCCCUAUACGGAAUUGGCAGAAUUCAGGCCCAUGAUAAAGUCGGCAUACUUGCUCUGCCAGAAGUUGGAGAAAGCCAUGGAGAAAAACAAGAACAACGAUAAGCAGUUGGCGUCGUAUUUGAGUGAGCUCAGUACAAAGUUGAAAGGGUUAUCACAGUUUGAAACGGUACAUGUUGGUAUGAAAAACAUGUGGGAAAAGCUUGGGAAGGUGACGCAAUUGCAGAGUGAUUUGACGGUGAUUCAGCUGAUCAGUGAUAUGGGUGCGCUAGGUGAUGGCGUGGUAGGACUCACCAACGACUUCUACGAGAUCAAGGAAGCAUUGACUAACCGUCACCUAAUCAUGCGUGAAUUGCUCCAAGCACAAGCACAAACCAAGGCUAAGCACGUUCAGGCCACAAAGAUCAAGAACAAGGUGUCGCUUGACCCCAUCAAGGUAGAUGAAGCCUUGCGGGCACUUGAAUAUGCCACCAAGGCAGAGGAGAGCCUUAACAUGCAAGUUAAGAGGAUCUCUGGUGAAAUGAUGUUCGAGAGGAAAGAGGUUGUGGAGCAUGUGGAGCACAAGUUCCAACGAAUGUUGAAGAAUUUCGCUCUCAAUCGUGUGGAGCAGCACCGCAAACUAUUAAAGAACUUGGAGAACAUCAGGCUAGAUGUGCGUAUCAUCGACCUGAAGGGUGGACUCUCGCGAUUGAAUAGAGAUAAUCUUAUUCAGAUCCAGCACAAUCUUACGCUGUCGCAACCAGCAUCUGGAGACUCGUGGACUUCGAGGACGUUCCGCAGUUUAACGGAAGAACAAGCAGAGAAAGAGAGUCGACUCCGAAAGUCCGAGGAGACUGAGGUGGAGGUAGAUGCCAAACAGGCAGCUUCAAUCUUGGGGGCAGCCACUUUCUGA